AUGACAGGGUUACCCUCCAGCAGCCUGAGCACGGGUACAUUUGAGAACGCCGCUUUCGACGCGCCACAGCAUUACCGCCCGGUCCCGAGAGGCCGAGGCGAGCAGCGUCCCGUCGGGCGAGAAGGUCGCCGAGCUCACUAUGAGAUCCUUGGGUGUAAUGUUAACAUUGAAUUUGAUGAGGAGGACGUUGAUUGGGAGGAUGUUUUUGCAGUUUACACUGAGGUUCUGCACGCUGUUAGGGAUUGUGCAUCGUCCGAUUUCGCAUGGGCAUGUGUGAGAACGCUGCAAUAUAGUGCGCUGGACAUCCCCAAAGCACGGAAAUAUGACUUGUCUGAAUCUGCGCAGCUCACGCUGUAUUUGACCUUCAUUUUGACACUACAACUCCGCUAUGUCCUUCCGAAGCGCUUCUAUGUGACCGUCGUCCCGGGUAGCCUGGCCAUUCUUGCCUCGGAGUAG